UAUUAUUUUUUAUUAUUAUUAUUAUUAUUUUUCGGUUGAAGCGAAGCGACCGUUAGUAGCGCGCGCCGCCGCCGCUGCAGUUUGAAUUUCGCGCUGAAUGGGCUCUCGCAGCAGCUCGAGCGCAGCUGCUGCCAUGUCCGGAUCCGAGCCGAGCCGAGACGGGCCAGACUCGAACCGAAACCACCGAAGCGGGACCGAACCGAGCCGCAACCGGGCCGGGGCUUCGUCCGGGGGCAACCGGGCGGCUUCUUGGAGCGGGUCCGGGGCGGCAGGUCCCUCACGCGGGAGAGGGGAAGAGGACGUGGAUUUAGCCCAAGUCCUGGCGUAUCUUCUUCGGAGGGGCCAGGUCAGGCUGGUGCAUGGGGGCGGGGCCACAGGCUUGCAGUUGGUCCAGAUGCACUCGGACUCAGACUCGGACAGCGAUGGAGCGUGGGAGGGGAGACUGGGAGACCAGUACAGCCCUCCAGUGGAUUUGAACCCUGACACUUGUGAAGUGGACCGCAGUGAAAUCAAGACUCAGAUCCGAUUGGCUACUGGAGCGGCAGGGUCAAAGGGCACCAAGAGUUUCGCCGGGCUUCUGAGACAGAGGGAGCAAGGCCGUUGCCUCAGUAGCAGUUUUUCUCAUGGAGAGUGUUCAGACAUCAGAUCACAUUUCCUCCCCAAUCACAUGACUCGCAGAGAGACGUUCCAGCAGAAAGCGUUCUGUGGAAUUUACUCCAAAGACGGGUCGAUAUUCAUGUCAGCCUGCCAAGAUCAGAACGUGCGUCUCUAUGACACGCGGGAUGGUCGGUUUCGACUCUUCAAGACCAUCAAGGCCCGCGAUGUGGGCUGGAGCGUCCUGGACGUGGCCUUCACCCCUGACGGAGCCCAUCUGCUCUACUCCAGCUGGUCUGACUACAUUCACAUCUGCAGUAUCGAUGGAGACAGCGAGAGCCACGCUGCGCUUGACCUGAAUCCAGAUGAGCGCAGAUUCUGUGUUUUCUCGCUCACCACCUCCUCAGACGGAAGGGAAAUCUUGGGAGGGGCUAACGAUGGGUGCCUGUACGUUUUCGACAGAGAGCAGAACAAGCGAACGCUCAAGAUCGACUCUCACGAGGAUGACGUCAAUGCGGUCUCCUUCGCGGAUGCCUCCUCUCAGAUCCUGUUCUCCGGGGGGGACGAUGCUCUGUGUAAGGUGUGGGACAGACGCACCCUCCGGGAGGACAGUCCACAACCUGUGGGACAGCUGGCGGGACACAGGGACGGGAUCACAUUCAUCGACAGCAAGGGAGACGCUCGCUACCUCAUAUCAAACUCUAAGGAUCAGACGAUCAAACUCUGGGACAUUCGCAGGUUCUCUCCCAAAGAAGGUCUGGCUGCUUCCAGACUGGCUGUGACUCAACAGAACUGGGACUACCGCUGGCAGCAAGUACCCAAGAGAGCUCUGAAGAGGCACAGGCUCCCCGGAGACACAUCUCUCAUGAGUUACCGGGGCCACGGGGUCCUGCACACCCUGAUUCGCUGCCGCUUCUCACCAGAGUUCAGCACCGGCCAGAGAUACAUCUACACAGGCUGCUCCACCGGCAGGGUCGUGGUGUACGACGUGCUGACCGGAGAGAUUGUCACCAAGCUCUGCAAUCACGAUGCCUGUGUGAGAGACGUGAGCUGGCACCCCUACCAGGAGAGCAUCGUCAGCAGCUCUUGGGACGGAGGCGUGCGGCUCUGGGAAUACAGACAGAAUCAGUUCUACCAGGACGACCUCCUGAACGAGGGAAUGAGGCGGCGAGGAGAGGGAGACAAACGAGAGACCGGAGAAGUGGAGGAGGGGGAGUGAGAGAGACAGAGUGCAGGCGUGUGUGUGCCAUGAUUGGGGGGGGUGGGGCUUGUCGAAAUAAUAAUAGUACAGUAUUUCAUUUUAGAUUUCAAAAUGUUAAUUUUUUCAAUUUGUCACUUUUCAUUAUCUGGGAAAACCGCCAAGUGGUGUGCAAUUCAAUAUGUUAACAAGGGAACAUUAUUCAGCAGCUUUCACUGGACUCUAUGAAGCUGAGGGAGUUCA